AUGGACCGGGGAGCUCUGCUAUACCACACCCUCUUGCACGGACGGUACUCGCAACCAGCGGGGCCCGGAUCAGUUUAUAACACUGACGAAGAGCACCCAGACGACUUUGAGAAUUGCUCGUGGGCUAUCGAUGAUUGCAAUCCGGGACAAUGUGCCAAAGACAAACUACAAGUCACGACGGCGCGGAUACCGUCUUGGAUGUACGCAAAUACCAUGUAUGAAUCAACCCAGUGCUAUGGAUUUCACAUCCCCGAGAUGAUGAGCCCGGACUACAGGCUUUGCUGCGAUCCUCCCUCGCGGUACAACGAUCAAUGGCCCGUCGAGCCCAGCUAUCUAUGGAGCCACUAUUACGACGAACCCGACGAUGAUGUUACCUGGGAGUUUAGCGAUAACUUUGGCAACAACAACAAAGACACCAGGCCGAGCGAUAUGGAAGAUGAUCCGGGCUCGGAUCCCUACGGUUUUGUCAUGCUGGAUGGACCCCCGGGCUCGAUCAACAAUGGCUUUGAUGCGCAGUACACCAUCGUGACCCCCGAUGAGCCGGUCAAUGUGAAGAAGAGGAGCAUUUCCACGACAAAUCAGACAUUACUGGAUGCGGUCUUUGACCAUUCCGAAGAGACCGUGUUGGUUUAUUGUAAUCAUCCUGCCGAUUCCAAGGAAUGUCGUCAGAUCUUCUACAAAGGAGCAGAGGACACGAUCAUCAGACUUCCCGACCAUUCUGGAGAGGGUCCCUGGGCUCGCGUCGUCUCAAUGGAACCUGUUAAGCGACUCGUGAAAAGAGAUCUGCCAGAUUGGGCCUUCCAGAAAAGAGAGGCCAGUCAGAACCAGAAUGGCCUGUAUUCGUUGACAUUUGACUACAACUUCCACUUGAUCAAGCGCGAGGAUGAGCAAGUGAAUAUUCGCGUGGACUACACGAAUCUUCUGCCGUACUGGGACGAGAUGACCAACUCGCCUGCCUCCAAGCGGAAGCGUUCAACAGACGACGCCCUGACCUAUGCGGAAUGGAGGGACCGCGUGGACCGGGCCAAAGUCUUAGACCCCAAACGCUCGCCACAGAACUACACCGGAAGGUUGGAUGUCCGAUCGCAGGACAGCAGCCUUCGACGUCGGUGGCAGGGAACUUUCAUGAACUGGGUCAAGAAACUGACCACCGUCACCAAGACAGAUGGCGUUCUCUACAGUGGACGCUUGAUGUGCACCAACGACGCAACAACAUUCACCGCCGGGAUGGACAUCACUGCCGACUUCAAUAUGGAGAUGAACGCUCAAUACUCCUACUACUUUUCCGGCACCGUCGUGCCGCCAACGGUCACGGAUAUGUAUGCCUAUGUGGGCGUUCAUCCGCGAGUAUACGCAGGGAUUGGGAUAUCAGGCAAUGCAGACCUCUACUACCCCAGUGAAAGGAAGAAGAUCAUCGAUACCUUGUCCUACCCCGGUCUGGCGAUCAAAGGAAUCGCAGCCGUGGGACCAACCAUGGACCUCUGGGGCCAGAUCACUGGCCAGGUCACAGUCUCUGGCGACCUGCGGGUUGGAAUGACGUAUAAGUUCAAGCCCGUCGAGCUGUACUUCCCCAAUAACGACGAGGCCGCCAAUAACCUUGACGUUGAGGACAUGGAAGAAACCCAGAUCAACAACAAUGGUCUAGAGCCCUCGAUAUCCGGUAGCGUCCGCGCCGAUGUGGACAUUAAUAUCCACGCCACCCCGGAGAUCAACCUGGGCAUCAAGAUCGGGGGAGGGAUAGGGCCGCUUAAGGGCACACUGGCCGACGCCCAUGUUUCCGCCUUCGCCAAUACGACGGUCAAUUUCCAUGCCCAAACAUCGGCCGCGACCAACAAUGGCGACAACAGUUGGGCGUAUGAGUACUCGGUUAGCUUCCUUUACCGAUUUGGUUUUGGCUGCAUAGCCGAGAUCUAUAAGUAUGGCAAAUGGACCAGCGGCAUCUGGUACCCGUUCCCUCAGCGCAGGAUUCCCAUAAUUUCCAAAACAUUUUCAUCGUUACCGUCCACGAAGCGAUCUCUCGACCAUGGGCCGUUGCUCUCUGAAGAGCCUCUGUCUGGGGCCAUCUUCGGCGGAUCCGCGAAGGGCUGGGCCAACAGGGCUGUGCUCAGCUUGGACAUUGAUCCCUUCCAUAGUUCCGGUAACGCAUCCCUUGCCAAGCGCGAGGACUCUGAUCUAUCAACGAAAGAGCCACGGUUUACGCUUGGGUCAUUCCAAUGCACGACGUCCACUGGAAGCACCUGUGAUGCUUUCACACCGAGUGCGAAUACGCUACGGCGCGACCUUGUCGCCGCCUCGGACAGGAGCACCGGUCUCCAGAAAAGGGAAACGCCAACAGACUGCCCGAACCGUCUGCCCCGUCUCUACUACAAUUGCGUGACCUUUUUCUCCGAUAUCACAUUCCAAGGUCCCGCGGGGGCAGCCCAGAUCCCCGGUAUUUGCAGCAACGUUGAAAAGUUUCUGAACAAUAACAAGCGCGCCAAUUCCGGCUAUACCCUGACGUGGGAGUCCUCUGUGAACCAACAACGGCGGAGAGACAGGGCUUGCCCAUCAGGCUUCUGCGAGGCAGAUAAUGCCAACUACGAGCUAGCAUCCCAGGGGACAGCAACUAAAGCGGCAUUCAGCAACUGCGACGAGUUCCCCUUCGCGUCCGCCGAGGAAGGCGGAUCCACCUUCCGCGGUCUGUAUCCCGACGUGUUGGCAGGAACGGUGAGAACAUGUGUGCCAACUUGGCAGAAUGAUGCUCAAGGACGGUGUCACAUGUCCAACAGACGAGCAGACCUACUGAACAACCUCGAAACCAAUGUCGAGUACUUCAACACAUACGGUAGCCCAACGCUGGAGAAUGCGUACUGGGCGCGAUGGGGCCCGGCCAAGAACACCUGGGUAUCGAAAAACGGCCUCGCAAGUCGACAGCGCCUGUCAUCUUACCCGGCGGACGUUCCAAUUCCAAAGGUCUUCGUCCCCGGCUUGUCCCAGGCGGACGUGGACGACCCCGCGAACCUGAGCUACUACCACAAGCGGAACUUCACCCUGUUCCUGACCUAUCCACGCAACAACGAACAGCCCGACGCCCAGUGGCCCGACCAGGCCUUCACCGACGGGACGAUCACGGGGAAGGGCAAGACGCCCCCCGCGACGGACACCGUCGCGUCUUCCACGCAGGUGAUCUGCGCUGUCAAUACCAUGGGCCAGCAGCGCUACCGAUUUGAAAGCCGCGCCAACGGGCUCUGCACGGACGGGCAGACGACCAAGAAAUCAUGGAAGGGGCUUGUUGACGUGCUCGUCGUUUAUGAAUGCAAGGUCGGCUUCAAUGGAUCCCCUCGACCCACGAAAAGAGACAAUACCCCGCUGGGGUAUCUAGGCGGAGACCCAUACUAUUGUAAGUGA